AUGGAGGAUAUUAGAAAGGCUUUGAUGACUGGUGAGGGAAACAAACUUACCAAGAAGAGUUACAAAUUCGCAGUCGAAGUAGAGAAGAAGAGACUAUUUUACCAACUCAUCUUCUUAUCAUUCGUGUCACUUGCUGUAGCUAUUGUGCUCUUUUUAUCUCUCUAUUUCGAUAUCAAAAGAAGAUGA